CCCCUUUUCCACGCGGCUGGCAUGUACCUCUCCAUGCUCAUGACCCACUACUGGGACACCCCUGGUGCUUUGGGCAUCGGCGAGCGUCCACUCUCUUCCGACCUCGUUCUCGACUACAUCAAGUACGCCGACGUCGAUGGCAUGGUCUUGCCUCCGGCGCUCCUCGAGGAGCUCUCCCAGGACGAGGAAGCUAUUCAGGCCCUCAAGAAGCUCAACUUUGUGGCCUUUGGCGGCGGCAACCUCGCUCCCGAGGCCGGUGACCGCCUGGUCGAUAACGGCGUGGCGCUCUGCAACCUCAUCUCCGCGACCGAGUCCGCUCCCUACCCCUUAUACUGGCAAUACGACCCGAAGCUCUGGCGCUACUUCAACUUUGACACGGAGCUCUUCGGCAUCGACUGGCGCCCCCAUGACGGCGACUCGUCUUACGAGCUGGUCAUCAUCCGCAAGGACAAGAACCCCGGUCUUCAGGGCGUCUUCUACACCUUCCCCGACGCCAAGGAGUACAGCACCAAGGACUUGUACAAGCCCCACCCUACCGUCAAGGACAACUGGAUCUACCAGGGCCGCGCCGACAACAUCAUUGUGUUCUCCAACGGCGAGAAGCUCAACCCCAUCACCAUUGAGGAGACGGUGCAGGGCCACCCCAAGGUCAUGGGCGCCGUUGUCGUCGGCACGAACCGGUUCCAGCCUGCUCUGAUCAUCGAGCCCGUCGAGCACCCCGAGACCGAGGAGGGCCGCAAGGCUUUGUUGGAUGACAUCUGGCCCACCGUCGUCCGCGUCAACAAGGAGACCGUCGCCCACGGCCAGAUCGGCCGCCAGUACAUGGCUCUCUCCACCCCGGGCAAGCCGUUCCUGCGCGCGGGCAAGGGCACCGUCCUGCGCCCUGGUACCAUCAACAUGUACAAGGCCGAGAUCGACAAAAUGUACGAGGACGCCGAGAAGGGCGUUGCCACUGACGAGGUCCCCAAGCUUGAUCUUUCGUCGUCCGACGCCUUGAUCGUCUCCAUCGAGAAGCUCUUUGAGACCUCCCUCAACGCUCCCAAGCUCGAGGCCGACACCGACUUCUUCACCGCCGGCGUCGACUCGAUGCAAGUCAUCAACGCGUCUCGUCUCAUCCGUGUUGGUCUGGCCGCUGCCGGCGUGAAUGUCGAAGCCUCGGCGAUAGCCACCCGUUUCAUUUACGGCAACCCGACUCCCAAGCGCCUGGCCGAUUACCUCCUGUCCGUCGUCAACAAGGACAACAAGGACGCCACCCACGGCACCUCGGGCGACGAGCACCACGGCAUGGAGGCCCUUGUGGAGAAGUACACGCAGGACCUUCCCACUCCAAAGCAGAACAAGCCUGCGCCGGCCGACGAGGGUCAGGUAGUCGUCAUUACCGGCACCACGGGCGGCAUCGGUUCCUACCUGAUCGACAUGUGCUCUUCCUCCCCGCGCGUCUCCAAGAUCAUCUGCCUCAACCGUUCCGAGGACGGCAAGGCGCGCCAGACGGCCUCGUCCUCCGGCCGCGGCUUGUCCACCGACUUCUCCAAGUGCGAGUUCUACCACGCCGACCUGUCGCGCGCCGAUCUCGGUCUCGGCCCCGAGGUCUACUCGCGCUUGCUGACCGAAGUCGACCGCGUCAUCCACAACCAGUGGCCCGUCAACUUCAACAUUGCUGUCGAGUCCUUUGAGCCUCACAUCCGCGGCUGCCGCAACCUCGUGGACUUUUCCUACAAGGCCGACAAGAACGUGCCCAUCAUUUUCGUGUCUUCGAUCGGCACCGUGGACCGGUGGCACGACGAGGACCGCAUCGUUCCCGAGGCGUCCCUCGACGACUUGUCCCUCUCCAUGGGCGGUUACGGCCAGUCCAAGCUCGUUUCCUCUCUGAUCCUCGACAAGGCCACCGAGGUGUCUGGCGUGCCCACCGAAGUCGUUCGGGUCGCCGGCCCGUCUUCCGAGAAGGGUUACUGGAACAAGCAGGAGUGGCUGCCCUCCAUCGUGGCCUCGUCCGUCUACCUCGGUCUCCUCCCGGACUCGUUGGGACAGAUGACCACGGGCAUCGCCAACCUUUUGCUCGAGGUCUCGGGCGUCACCGAUCAUCUCAACGGCUACUUCCACGGCCGCACCAGCUGGUCUGCGCUCGCGUCCGCCGUCAAGGAGUACUACGGCGACAGGAUCAAGAAGAUGUGGAUCGAUGCCCUUGAGAAGAGCCAGGACAAGACCGAGGAUCUCAUUGAUACCUAUAGGGCUUGGUCGGAGGCCACCAAGAAGGGAACCAAGUUCGUGCCGCUCGAUAUGACGAGGACGAAGGAGUACUCCAAGACGAUGAGGGAGAUGCAAGCGUUGAUGAAGAACUGGUGCAGGCAGUGGAACUUUUAAGUGUCGACCAGGGCUUGGUAGAGGUAGUCUUGUGAUGGUGAAGGUGAAGGUGUAGCUUUGUUGGUUGUUUUCGGGUUAACGGUUGCAUUGUUUAGCGAGCUGAUAGACUUGGUGGGUUGGGCAUUGUUGCAUUUGCAUC